AUGCCACCUCACAUGGAUUACUUCUCCCACGAAUCCCGAGUCCCUUCCUCUUGCGGGCUGACCCAGGAGGACGAGCUGGAGCCCGGCGUCAUCAGCUGCAUGCUGGUGGGAGACGGAGCCGUCGGGAAGACCAGCAUGAUUGUCAGCUACACCUCCAACGGAUACCCGACGGAAUACCAACAGACCGGCUUUGAUGUCUUCUCUGGUCAGGUACAAGUUGAAGGAGCUCCGGUUAAAGUUCAGCUUCUGGACACUGCUGGACAGGAGGAGUUUGAUGAAUUCAGGGCCCUGUCCUAUGCCCACACGGACGUCUUCCUCCUGUGCUUCAGCAUGGUCAACCCCACCUCGUUUCACAACAUCACCAAGAAGUGGGUCCCAGUGAUCCGGGCUCACAACCCGUCCUCGCCCAUCGUUCUCGUUGGGACUCAGUCGGACCUCUUGUUGGACGUGAACGUCCUCAUCAACCUGGACCAAUCCAAAGUCAAGCCCAUCCUGAGCUCCCGGGCUCGGAGCAUGGCCGAGAAGAUCAGGGCUUCGGACUACGUGGAGUGUUCGUCACUCACGCAAAAGAACCUUAAAGAGGCGUUCGAUGCGGCCAUCUUUGCCGCCAUUAAGAGCAAAACCCGCAAGUCCAAGAAGAGGAGGUUUUCUGACAGACGCACCAAAGCUUUCUCCAGGUGCAGCUGGAAGAAGUUCUUCUGCUUCAUCUGA